ACCAAAACAUGUUCCUGUUAUAAGUUAGGAACUCACGACCAGAAGCUACUGAGAGUGUAGGUCAUUUCAAUAUCAGAAACCUGAGGUAAGCGAAAAUGGCGAAGGAUCGAAACGGAGAUGAGAGGAGAGAAAUCUCCGAGAAAGAAGAGGAAAACGAGAGGAAACCCAAAAGGAAACCGCGAGAAAAUUCCUAUUCCGGUUCCGAAGAAGAGAGAAACCAUAACUCCACCAAGAAAACCAAGCGGAACUCCAAGAGGAAAUCACGGAAGCGUUACAGCGACGAGGAUUCGUCUCCUUCAUCUGAUGCCGAUUCGAAGGAUUCUCAUUCGGUUUCAGAUUCCGCGUCUGAAUCUGUAACGGGGAGUUCGGAGUCGGAGUCGGGGUCAGAAUCGGAGAGUGAGGAGGAGAGGAGGCGGAGGAAGAGGAGGGAGAGGAAGAGGAGGAGGGAGCGAGAGGAAGAGAGGGAGAGGAAGAGGCGGAGGAGGGAGAAGGAUAAGAGGAGGAGGAAGAGAGAGAAAGAGGAGGAGAGGAGGAAAAAGAAGAAGAAGAAGAAGAAGGAGAAGGAGGGGGCAAAGAAGGGAGCGGUGACGAAUUCGUGGGGAAAGUAUGGGAUUAUUCGAGAAUCAGAUAUGUGGAAUAAACGACCAGAAUUUACUGCAUGGUUGGCUGAAAUAAAACAGGUGAACCUGGAGAGUCUGCCUAACUGGGAGGAGAAGCAGAUGUUCAAAGAAUUUAUGGAGGACCAUAACACAGCUACCUUUGCUUCCAAAAAAUAUUAUAAUAUUGAUGCUUAUUAUAGACGAAAGAUGGAAAGGGAAAUGAAAAAAGGUUCCAAGAAAGCUCUGGUAACUGAACGUACUGUAUUCAAUGAUGAAGAACAACGACGGUUAGAACUGCAACGAGAACGUGAAAGGUACAAGGAAGCACAAGUGGAAGAAUUAAAACGCUCUAUGCAGAGUGGAAUGGCACAGGCAAUGAAAGAGCAAGCUCAGCUCAGGGAAGAGAUGGCUUACCAGUACAAAGUUGGCAACUCUGAGGCUGCAGCUGCCAUCCAGAGAAGAUUGGACCCAGAUGUUGCUAUGUGAAAGAGCAGCUGGCCAUAGUCUUGGGAUGGAAAUUCCGUCAUGCUUGGAACACCUUGCAUUGGGAUGUAAGGUUUGUAUGGAUCCCUUCUGUUAGGCUCACUAAGGGGAUCUAUUUUGACUUCUUUCCUCCUACAUAGAAAAUACAGCAGGGUUCAAACUUAUGUUCUAGGUUCGACUAUUUUGGUGCUCCUUUCCCAGUUUUGUUUUAACUGCUUCCGUGCCACAUGAAAUACUGAUUUCAAUUGCUCCUUCGGGCUUAACCGCUUAUUAGAAGAGAUAGUGUCUGUAUUCUUUUUUCUGGGUUCUACAGCAUGUUAAUUUGUCAUGACAUGUAACUGAAUCUAUGUUAGCCUAAUCGUUUUAUGAUUUAACAAUUAUGAUUGUUGUGACUUA